AUGAGGUUCAAUAUUGACGAGCUGGAGGUGCUCUUCCCCUACCCAAGGAUCUAUCCCGAACAAUAUGCAUACAUGUGCGAUCUCAAACGAACUCUGGACGCAGGUGGGCACUGCGUCCUGGAGAUGCCUUCAGGAACCGGGAAGACCGUAUCCCUGCUUUCUCUGAUCAUAGCCUACCAGCAGAAUAGCCCCGAGAAGAGGAAGCUGAUUUACUGCUCACGUACCAUGUCCGAGAUCGAAAAGGCUCUGGCAGAGCUGAGACAAUUAAUGGCAUUCCGCACCGAGCAGCUAGGGUACGAAGAGGAGUUCCGUGGGCUGGGUCUCACGAGUCGAAAGAACUUGUGUCUGCAUCCCUCUGUAAAACGGGAGAAGAGUGGGUCGGUGGUCGAUGCGAGAUGUCGAAGCUUAACGGCCGGCUUUGUCAAAGAGCAAAAAGAGAAGGGAGAAGAUGUCGAGCUUUGCAUUUAUCACGAGAAUCUGGAUUUGCUUGAACCACACAAUUUGAUACCCCCCGGAGUUUGGACGCUUGAUGGCCUACUCCAAUAUGGAGAGCAGCAGAAGCAGUGUCCGUACUUCACCGCAAGACGGAUGAUGCCGUUCUGUAACGUCAUUAUCUAUUCAUACCAUUACCUUCUAGACCCCAAGAUUGCCGAGCGCGUCUCACGAGAGCUAUCGAAGGAUUGCAUCGUGGUUUUCGACGAAGCGCAUAACAUCGACAACGUGUGUAUCGAGUCGUUGAGCAUCGACCUCACAGAAGACUCACUUCGAAAAGCGGCGCGAGGAGCAAACAAUCUCGAUCGGAGGAUCACCGAGAUGAAGGCGAGCGAUGCACAGAAGCUGCAAGACGAGUAUUCCAAACUCGUUGAAGGACUACGAGGCGCAGAUCAAGCAAGAGAAGAGGAUCAAUUCAUGUCAAAUCCUGCUCUACCGGACGACCUGCUCAAAGAAGCCGUUCCCGGAAAUAUUCGAAGAGCUGAGCAUUUCGUAUCGUUCCUGAAGCGCUUCAUAGAAUACCUCAAGACUCGGAUGAAAGUGCUCCAUGUCAUCUCCGAGACACCGUUGUCGUUCUUAGCGCAUCUAAAGGAACUUACCUUCAUCGAGAGGAAGCCGUUACGGUUCUGUGCGGAGCGGCUGACGUCCCUUGUCCGCACGCUUGAGUUGACGAACAUUGAGGACUACCAACCAUUACAAGAGGUUGCAACAUUUGCGACGCUCGUGGCGACUUAUGAGCAUGGGUUUACUCUUAUACUUGAGCCUUUCGAGUCCGAUACUGCGACGGUCCCAAACCCCGUUCUCCACUUCACCUGUCUCGAUGCAGCCAUAGCCAUCAAACCGGUCUUCGACCGUUUCAGUUCAGUCAUCAUCACCUCAGGAACCAUCUCACCUCUGGAAAUGUACCCGCGGAUGCUCGGUUUCACAACGGUCAUCCAAGAGUCCUACACCAUGACACUCGCCCGCAAAACAUUCCUACCCAUGAUCAUCACCCGCGGCAGCGACCAGAACACCAUCAGCACCAGCUUCCAAGUCCGCAACGACCCCUCGGUCGUCCGAAACUAUGGCAACAUUCUCAUCGAAUUCUGCAAACUCACUCCGGACGGCGUGGUUGUCUUCUUCCCCAGCUACCUCUACAUGGAAUCCAUCAUCAGCAUGUGGCAAGGCAUGGGUAUCCUCGACACGGUCUGGAAAUACAAGCUCAUUCUCGUCGAAACCCCGGACUCCCAAGAAACCUCCCUCGCUCUCGAAACCUACCGCACCGCCUGCAACAAUGGCCGCGGCGCCGUCCUCCUCUGCGUCGCCCGCGGGAAGGUCAGCGAGGGCAUCGACUUCGACCACCACUACGGCCGCGCUGUCAUCAACAUCGGCGUUCCCUACCAAUACACCGAAUCCCGCAUCCUCAAAGCCCGCCUCGAGUUUCUCCGCGAGAACUACCGCAUCCGCGAAUCCGACUUCCUCUCCUUCGACGCGAUGCGUCACGCGGCCCAAUGCCUCGGCCGCGUCCUCCGCGGCAAGGACGACUACGGCAUCAUGGUGCUGGCGGACCGACGCUUCCUCAAGAAGCGCGGGCAGUUGCCGAAGUGGAUCCAGCAGAGCCUCCCGGACAGCGACACGAAUCUGAGCGUGGACCAGGCGACGGCGGUAGCGAAGGCGUUUUUGAAGGGCAUGAGUAAGGCGUAUCCGGCGCAUUUGCAGGAGGGGAUCAGCACGUGGGACAUGGAUGAUUUGAGGCGGCAUCAGGCGAAGAUGGCGGAGGAGGAGAUUCGGAUGUUGAGGAAGGAGGCAGAGAUGAGGGAGAGGGAGAGGGUGAGGAGGAGGGUGGUGGAGGAUGAGGAGGACGAGUAUGGGGAUAUGGAGGUUGACUACGAUGAUUUGGUGCCGGUUUGA